CCUGCGGGGAGCGCGCCGGGGCUGCCCCCCGAAUGACGGGCGGAAGGUUCGACUUCGACGAUGGCGGCACCUACUGCGGCGGCUGGGAGGAGGGCAAGGCGCACGGGCAUGGCAUCUGCACGGGGCCCAAGGGCCAGGGCGAGUACUCGGGCUCCUGGUCGCACGGCUUCGAGGUGGUCGGAGGCUACACCUGGCCCAGCGGCAACACCUACCAGGGCUACUGGGCGCAGGGCAAGCGGCACGGGCUGGGGGUGGAGACGAAGGGCAAGUGGAUGUACCGGGGGGAGUGGUCACAUGGUUUCAAGGGGCGCUACGGGGUCCGGCAGAGCCUGUGCACCCCUGCUCGCUACGAGGGUACCUGGAGUAACGGGCUGCAAGACGGGUACGGCGUGGAGACCUACGGGGACGGAGGUACCUACCAGGGCCAGUGGGCCGGAGGCAUGCGGCAUGGCUACGGCGUGCGCCAGAGCGUGCCCUACGGCAUGGCCACGGUGAUCCGCUCACCGCUGCGUACCUCGCUGGCCUCGCUGCGCAGCGAGCAGAGCAAUGGCAGCGUGCUCCACGACGCCGCAGCCGCCGCCGACAGCCCGGCCGGCACCCGCGGCGGUUUCGUGCUCAACUUCCACGCAGACGCUGAGCUAGCGGGCAAGAAGAAGGGCGGCCUCUUCCGGAGGGGCUCCCUUCUUGGAAGCAUGAAACUUCGCAAGUCCGAAUCCAAGUCUUCCAUCUCGAGCAAGCGCAGCUCUGUCCGCAGCGACGCGGCCAUGAGCAGAAUUAGUUCCAGCGAUGCCAACUCCACGAUCAGCUUUGGCGAUGUAGAUUGUGAUUUUUGCCCGGUGGAAGACCACGUGGACGCCACCACCACGGAAACCUACAUGGGCGAGUGGAAGAACGACAAGCGCAACGGCUUCGGCGUUAGCGAGCGCUCCAAUGGCAUGAAGUAUGAAGGGGAGUGGGCAAAUAACAAGAGGCAUGGAUAUGGCUGUACCGUGUUUCCUGACGGCUCCAAAGAAGAGGGAAAAUACAAAAAUAAUAUUCUGGUCCGUGGGAUAAGGAAGCAGCUUAUACCAAUAAGACAUACAAAAACUAGGGAGAAGGUGGACAGAGCAAUUGAAGGCGCCCAAAGGGCAGCUGCCAUGGCCAGAACCAAAGUGGAAAUAGCAAAUUCAAGGACUGCACACGCCAGAGCGAAGGCCGAUGCCGCCGACCAGGCCGCGCUGGCCGCUCGCCAGGAGUGCGACAUCGCGAGAGCUGUGGCCAGGGAGCUGUCACCUGAUUUCUACCAACCAGGCCCUGAUUACGUCAAACAGAGAUUUCAGGAAGGUGUAGAUGCUAAAGAAAAUCCAGAAGAAAAGGUACCAGAAAAGCUACCUACACCAAAGGAGUCUCCUCAUUUUUAUCGCAAAGGCACGACACCCCCAAGAUCUCCUGAGGCAAGUCCCAAACACAGUCACUCUCCUGCUUCCUCCCCAAAGCCCCUGAAGAAGCAAAACCCCAGCUCAGGGGCGAGACUCAACCAAGACAAAAGGAGUGUGGCUGAUGAGCAGGUGACGGCCAUUGUCAAUAAGCCCUUGAUGUCAAAGGCUCCCACGAAGGAGGCAGGAGCGGUUGUGCCCCAGUCCAAGUACUCUGGCCGCCACCACAUCCCCAACCCCAGUAACGGGGAGCUGCAUUCUCAGUAUCACGGCUACUACGUGAAGCUGAACGCCCCCCAGCACCCUCCAGUAGACGUGGAGGACGGCGAUGGAUCCAGCCAGUCUUCCUCAGCACUGGUGCACAAGCCAUCCGCUAACAAGUGGAGUCCCUCCAAAUCUGUGACAAAACCAGUUGCCAAAGAAAGCAAAGCUGAGCCAAAAGCUAAGAAGUCUGAACUUGCUAUACCAAAGAAUCCAGCAAGCAACGAUUCAUGCCCUGCUUUGGAAAAAGAAGCCAAUUCAGGCCCUAAUUCAAUCAUGAUUGUCCUUGUCAUGCUGUUGAAUAUCGGGUUGGCCAUUCUUUUUGUUCACUUUCUAACUUGAUUGGAAUUAGGAAAGUGAAGUCCUGACAACUAGUGGUGUGUUAGCCCACAGUUCUCUGCAGUGGUGCCGUCAGCCCUUUAAAUGGCCCACCCCAGGCAGACUCAGACACAGGGAAGGAGGCUUGGAAUUAGGAUGGGAUCGCGAGAGAGAUGAAACUUGGAAAAUUCAGCCAGAGGACCUGUUCGGUUCCCCUGGGAGUGCUUUGUGGCUUUGGGGUCCUCUGGGAGCUGAAGCACACGGCCAUGUCGGAGAGCAAAACUUAAUAAUAAUUCUUUUUUAAAAUCUGCUGAAGCAGCCCCAUCCGGCGAAGUUCUUGGCAUUGGCUACUCCAUCUGUCCUAGCAGAGUGUGACUAAACUGGAAAUGUAUGGAGCUGCAUUUUUUUUUUUUUUUGAUGGAAGUCAACAGCUGCCUUACUAUUUUACCAUCUGACGUUUUUAGUAGGGAGCUGGGGAAACGACUGCCCGAGGAAUGCGGUCGGAGGAUUGUGUUGCUGUGGACGUGGUUCCAACAUUCACUCCUAUCUCAUUAGAAGAAAUAGGUAGCAGCAUCACUCACCAGUCUUAUGCCAUGACCUGCUGCUUUAACAUCUCCUGGAAUGUUCUGGGAGAGAACGUUUCGUUUGCUUGUGCACGACUCUGUUCAUUUUUGCUGUUUAUUUAAAUAUGAUGUAUAGUCAUCUACCACCUGCGGUCCUGGCCGGACGAAACACACGUGUUGCAUCUCAAGGAAAAGAAACAACAAAAUGCUAGUGAAAAUGUGCUUAUUUUGAUAGCAAUAUACCAUCUUUUAUGUCAUUUAUUCUUCCUAUACUUGUAAAAGGUUAUUUAUCUUUAAAAUUUAGCAAUUUGAAGACACUAUGCCUUCCUAAGAACUAAUUUAAUUUUAAAUAUUUUUAACAUUACUGAGGUGAAUUAUUUAUGCACUUAGGAAGUGCUAAAUUUUAAAAGCUGAAACACAACAGAAUUCUAAGAAGUAUAGUCCAAACGUUGCAUGGAUUGCAGUAAUCAGUGUUUAAAGGAUUCAGUUUCUUUGCUGACGUACUUUACAACCAAAUAAAAUCUUGUCGGUGGCUGUGUUAAUUCCCAUGAAAGUUAAGCAAGAUGCUAUUAAUAAACUGCUCUGCUCUUUCUUGUUUUCUUUUUCCAACUUGAAUUUCUGUUGAAUACAUUCAGGUAGAACAUAAAGCCUUGUUCAAUCACUGCCUCUCAGUUUUCUGCCUUUCCUGUUUUUCAAAGUCCUUUUGUAAUUUCAUUUCACAUUUUAAAGGCUUAGACAUUUUUAUUUUAAAUAUAUGUCUUUUACAGUCUUUUGUCAUUCUGACAUUUCUGGAUUUUUGCUGUUUUAUAAUUUACCCUUUAUUAUUCAGAAGCAUGCUUACUUAGAGAAACUAAAUGGUCUUUAUAAAAGUAAUUACUUAAAAAGAAAUCAGGGGAAGAAAGAUAUCUAUCUAAUCUAUUAAAUCUUUAUAAAACAUUACAUUGCAGAGGGGGAGCUACUCCUAAAUAUUUUCAUGAUUUGCAUGGUUUAAUCAGGUUUUUGGUUUUUUUUUUUUACCAUAUUAGCUACCUUUUCAAUGCAGAAGAGACAGUUCACACAAUUCCCUGGUUAGCACAGAUGUGGACUGAGUGCUUUGUCACCUGCAGGGUAGUAACCCAGUGAUGUUUCUUACAGAAGCACAAUAUGUUGAAAAUCCUGGGUGUGACCAAUAUGGAAUAAAGAAGAAGGCAGAAAGAGAGCAAAUAAAAAAUUUCAACUUGUAUAUUCAUUUUUUACAUUUUGCUUUGACUUUUAAAUUUAGGAAGUCCGUUUUUACCUGAGAACAAAUGUUUAAAGUUCCUGCGUCACUCUCAGUACUCUCACUGCCCCUCCCAAACCCAUAGCUCCUUACGCUGGGAAAGCUGGUUUUUUAAAAAAAAAUAAUAAAAUAUUUAAUCUUAUUAAGUGUUUAUUUAAAAUGCGUAAUGCUUUGGAAAUAAUGGGUAACAGAUAGCGAGAGGAUAUGUUUAUAAAGUGAGCAUGUUGGUCCCAUUUAUAAAUAUAUGUAUGAUUUAUAAGCUUUUUUAAAACAAAGCUCAAAUUGUUGGUAUUUUUCUAAAAUGUGCACAGCUGUAUUUUACAUGAAGGCUCUUUCUAAUGGGUUGUUAUACUGUACUCAACAUUUUGGACAGCACAUGAAGUCUGCCAAUGUACUUAAUAAAACAUGACUUUGUUUAUUUAAAGUUUCUUGCUGUGAAAAAGAACUCCCUACCUGUGAGUUCCUUUAUUUAUAAUUCUUGAAACCAAAAUGUAUAAUGUACAGUUUUCACAACUGUAUCUGCUCUAAUAAAAAAAAGUUGGUUAUUAAUAAA